UCGGCCAAAGGGACUAUUAGGUCCCUGAUACUGCAGGAAAUCAGGUAUCUAAGCCAGCUUCAAUCAAGCAGCCGAGAUAGCCCGGACAAGGAUCAGUCUAGUGCUGCUGGGACGGCUGCUGCUGGUACCAGUCAAUCCAGAUCAGUGGUACAAACAAGAAAGAAGAAAAAGAAAGGAGGCAGCCGGCUACUGCCGAGUAUAUGUUCGAUGGUUGAUGUAUCAGACAAAAAUCACUUCUGGGUUCAACUACAAGAACCUGGAAACCAAAACCAAGAAGUUACAAGCUCCCUAGGCGACACUCUCGGAUAG